AUGGCCAUGUUCAGCCAGAACCCGCUCAUGAAUGGGCCAAAUUACUCAUUCAGCGACGCACCCAAGACUAGCGCGCCUGAGGGUUCCCGGGAGCAUCGAUUCGACCCGUAUACCGACAACGGCGGCUCAACGCUCGCCAUCGCUGGCGCCGACUUCGCAAUCAUGGCGGGUGACACGCGCCUGACGUCGGGCUAUAGCAUCAAUUCCCGACACCAUCCCAAAGUAUUCAAGAUCGGCGGUACAACAGCAGACCAGCACGAUGCGACCAUCGUACUCUCGGUAGUGGGCUUCGCAGCCGACGGUGAAGCUCUCAAGGAACGACUCGACUCCAUCUGCAAGAUGUACCGUUAUCGCCAUGGAAAACCCAUGAGUGUUAAAGCGUGCGCGCAGCGGCUGUCGACGAUUCUAUACCAGAAGCGUUUCUUUCCAUAUUACGCUUAUGCCAUCCUGGGCGGUCUGGACGAGGCAGGCAAGGGCGCCGUUUAUUCUUACGACCCCGUGGGCAGCUACGAGCGGGAGCAGUGCCGGGCUGGUGGCGCAGCGGCCAGCUUGAUAAUGCCCUUCUUGGACAACCAGGUCAAUUUCAAGAACCAGUAUGUGCCGGGAAGCGGUGAGGGUCACGCACUUCAGGAGCGGGAACGGCGUCCUCUGUCGCGAAAUGAGGUUGAGAUCCUGGUCAAAGACGCCUUUGACGGAGCAGUCGAACGUCAUAUUGAAGUUGGUGACGGUUUGCAGAUGAUGGUUAUUACCAGUAACGGGGUCGAGGAGAUUUUGCUGCCGCUGAAGAAGGACUAG